AUGGAAGCACCAUUUGCAGUCUCUGCUCCACCAUUAACUAUUGAAACACUCUCUACAUUGUACCCAAAGGCAACUAAAGCAAAGCAUGAGACGGAACGCCUGUUAGAGCACUUUGAACUUGGUCUGGAUCGAUCUAUUUCUUCUCAGCAAAGGUUAUCUGCUGUAUUAAAUGAUUUCUGCAGACAAAGCGCAGAACUCAAAAAUAUUUUAAAUGAGUUAAUAAUACUUGAAUGUUUGAAUAAAUCUCAACAGAGUAUGUGGAUUAGAAGAAUUGAUAAUUUGGUUGCAGAUUCGGAAAAUUUAAGUGAAGCAAUUACUAAACAAUUGAACUACUUGUAUAAAACAACGCAUGAGGAAGAGUUAAAAGUUAAUUAUGUUCCUAAUUCAAAAAAGCCAAGUGAUAAUAUUAAGUUUUUAAUUAAAGAAAGAGGAAUUUUACAGGAAAGUCACAAUGUAUUGGAUCAUGCAAUUGACCAAGCAAAAGGAAUCGUAUACAACAUCAAAAAUCAAAACAAAAUACUUAAAUCAGCAAGAAAAAAGGCUCUUGAUCUAGCAAGCAGAAUGGGUGUUAGUCACAGUUUACUUUCUGUAAUUGAAAGACGUAGUGCAAUUGACCAAAUACUUGUUUAUGGCUGUAUAAUAUUUACUCUCAUCAUAUUUUUUAGCUUAUAUACUCUUAUCCAUUUAUAUUAUCGUACAAACUAA